AUGUGUACGGGUAGAGGCAAUAACCAAUUCGAGGACCCGGAUGGAAUUUUUCAGGGUCAGAGUAGCGGUAGGUGUGAGGAAUCCUUUGAAGAAAAAGAUGAGAUUAACAAAGCGAGAUGGGACAGUGGUCUGGAUAAACUUUAGGUAUGAACGCCUACUUUCCUUUUGCUAUUUCUGUGGGAUUAUGGGACAUCGAUCAAUCUAAGCACUGCCGAGGGGCGUUAUUGUCAUCACUUGAGGUUGUGGACUAUCCGUAUGAUGCUUCCCUGAGGGCUGGAGGUAGGAAAAAGGAGCUGAAAAUGGGGCUACCAUGGCUGCGGUAUGAGGACCCAAACUUGGAGACACUAUGUGAAAGUGAAUUGGGGAGCAACUCUUCCCCUGAGGACCAUAAUGGUGAGGAGGGGCUGUAUCUGAUAUCUAAACGCAAGAGGGGCAUGAAUGAAGGUGUGGUUAGGGGAGAGGUUGAUAUGCUGGUAGAUGUUUCAAAAAACGAGAAGAGAGGGGGAGCCCCUCAUCCAAUGUCGUUACUACUGGGGUUCAAUGAAGCACUGCGUGAUUGUGGUUUGAUUGAUUUGGGUAUGAAAGGGUAUCCUUUUACGUGGGAGCGUGGAAGGGGUUCGACAGAUUGGGUUGAGGAACGGUUAGAUAGAGCAGUGGCUACUGAUGCUUGGUUAGCGCUUUUUCCACGAGCUUGUGUCCUCAACAUUGAUAUGAGGAGCUCAGAUCAUUCAGCUUUGUUACUUAGAGUUACUGGGACUGCUUAUAUAUCUCGGAUUAAGAGGUUUCGGUUUGAAAAUGCUUGGCUCCAGGAUGAGAGAUUCAAAGACACAUUGAUACAAAUCUGGUCUGAUGCAGCGCCUUUAUCCCUACCUGAGAAACUUGCUUUCUGUGGCAAACGGCUUCAAGCGUGGGGUGGAGACUGCUUCCAAAAGUUUGGCAAGAGGAAGAGGGAGCUUUCAGACCGCAUUAGAAAGUUUUGACCUCAACGUACUCCGGCGGGGAUCCGAGCUUUUAAUGAGGCAGAUAAGGAGUUGUCUAAGCUAUUGGACCAAGAAGAUGCAUAUUGGCGACAAAGGGCAAAACAGCACUGGUUGAAGUCGGGUGAUACUAAUACUCUUUUUUUCCACCAAUAUGCUUCGUACAGACGAAGAAAAAAUCAGAUUCAUG